AUGGCCGCCUUGCAGGGGAUCUUGCUCAUCAUCCAACUCUCAUUCGUAAUCAUCAGAGUAUUGAUUGUAUCAACAACAGCAGCAGCACCUCAAGCGCUGCCUAACUGCCCUGACAAAUGUGGUAAUCUCACAGUUCCUUAUCCAUUUGGCAUGGCCGAAGGUUGUUACCAAGGAAAUGACUUCUUUGUCAAUUGUAGCCAGGCAACCGAUCCCCCAAUAGCAUAUUUGACCAAAAAUGGCACUGUCAUCAUUACCAACAUAUCCCUUGCUGAGGGUGAGUUGCAAAUAUCAGACUUUAUAGCUCGAUAUUGCUAUAGCACCUCUGCUCUGAGAACCAGAAGGAACAGCCCUGUGCUACGGCUGCCUUCUCCUUACAUCAUCUCUGAUACCAAAAACAAAUUCAUUGCCGUUGGUUGUGACACUUAUGCAAUUUUCAAAGGAUUCCAGGGCACAGAACAGUCCAUAACUGGGUGUAUGUCAGUAUGUAACAGCCUAAAAAGCGUUGAUCAGAAUUCUUGCUCUGGGGUUGGGUGUGGCCAAACAAACAUUCCUAGCGGACUGCAUAACCGUACUAUGACACUGGAUAGCUAUAGCAAUCAUUCAGGUAUAUGGGACUUUAACCCCUGCAGCUUUGCAUUCAUUGUUGAAGAGACACAGUUCAAGUUCUCUGGGAACACAAGUUUUCAACAACUGAACAGCACUACACGGCUUCCAAUGGUUCUUAAUUGGGCAAUUGGGGACGAGCCAGACCCAUGUGAUGUAGCUAAAAAGAGGCAGGAUUUCGUAUGCCAGAACUAUAGCAAGUGUGUGAAUCCCACAAAUAGGAAUGGUUACAUUUGCCAGUGCUUGGAUGGUUACGAAGGGAACCCAUACCACCCAAAUGGUUGUCACGGUGAUCUUUUCAAAUAUACAACAAAUGGGAAAUAA